AUGACGUCCCCUUCACAUCGGCGGCCCUCGUCGCUGCUGCUGCAGCAGGACGAGCCGAACAUGCUGGCUUCCAAGGGGCACGGCACCCUGACCACACUCAUCAGGAACCGCUCCCAGGCCUCAAUUCACAGCCCGGCAUGGAAGGCCUACCACGACGAGGAGGAAGCAAUUCCCAGUGGGCCGUUCCCAGACUGGACCGCCUUCAGGCAACGGAACAGCAUCGACGACGAGGACGAUGACCACCGCUCUCUGGCCGAGGAGCGCCGCCUGAACGCCCUCCUCACCGGGCCCCAGAUGCGCAGCAUGCGUCUGAUCGGCAGCACAAACCCUCGCUACAAGUGGGAGAGGUAUUGGAAGACCGAGGACCAGCUCAAGGACAUGCCCGCCAAGUCGGUGCGAGGCUACUACGAGCGCACAAACUACCUGAUCCAGCAGUACCUGUACAUCGACAAGCUGCUGGACUCGUCGCUGCCCCACGACCUCCUGAACGAGUACAACCACAUGCCCCUCUCGGCCUUCCGCCGCGGCGUCGAGGUCCCGACCACCAUCUCCGAGGAGCCCUCCACUCCGAGCAGCUCGUCCAACGGCCAGCCCAUUUCCAGCUCCGCCAGCGGCUCCGGCUCGACCCCGGGUUACGGCACAGUGGUGAAGAAGGUGAAGCGAACGCCCAAGGACAUCUACCGCCCGACCAAUCUGGAGUCCUCGUCGUCAGAUAUCUCGGUUCAGGAGGCGACGCCGCUCAUCAUCAAGGCCAUGAACCAGGACGGCGCCCCCAACCUCGACGGCGAGGAUGACGACAAAGCCAAGCCCGAGAUCCCCUGGGCCGACGACGAUGACGUCGACAGCGGCGCCCGUAUCGUCACCGUGGCCAUCUAUGUCAAUUUCAUCGCGAACCUGACCCUCCUCCUGGGGAAACUCGUCGUCAUCAUCACCGUCCCCUCCGUCUCCGUGCUCGCAAGUCUGGUGGACGCAGCCCUCGACUUCCUCUCGACCGUCAUCGUCUGGAUCACCACCACCCUGAUCUCCCGACAGGACCAGUACCGCUACCCCGUGGGGCGGCGGCGCUUGGAGCCGGUCGGCGUGCUGGUCUUCUCAGUCAUUAUGAUCACCUCGUUCGUCCAGGUCGCCCUUGAGGCCAUCCAGACGCUGGCCGGCACCGACCACAGCGUCAUCCAGCUCCCCGCCUCGGCCAUCGGCAUCAUGGCCAGCACCGUCAUCAUCAAGGGUCUGUGCUGGUUCUGGUGCCGCCUCAUCAAGAACUCGUCCGUGCAGGCGCUCGCCGACGACGCCAUGACCGACAUCAUUUUCAACCUCGGCUCCAUCGCCUUCCCUAUCGUGGGUUACUACGCGGGCAUCUGGUGGCUCGAUGCCCUGGGAGGUCUGCUGCUGUCCAUGGUCGUCAUCUUCAACUGGAGCCACAGCGCCAGCGAGCACAUCAAGAACCUCUGUGGCUUCUCCGCCACCGCCGACCAGCGCAACAUCCUGCUCUACCUGACCAUGCGCUUCGCAAAGACCAUCCGCCAGAUCCAGGGCCUGCAGGCCUACCACUCGGGCGACAAGCUGAACGUCGAGGUGGACAUUGUGCUGGACGCCAGCACGUCGCUGAAGGAUAGUCAUGACCUUGCUGAGAGUUUACAAUACGUCCUGGAGUCCGUCCCUAUCGUGGACAGGGCUUUUGUACAUUGCGAUUAUGCUAGUUAUAACCUGCCGACUCACAUGGAGCAGCAGGCGGCGUAA